CUCUCUCCCUCACCUGCUCAACCUACACAGCUCCUUUCUUUCCUCUACUUCAAAGCUCCCAUAUCGUUCACGAUGUUGCAGAAAACCCUCCUAUUAGGGCUAAGCAUCUAUCUUGCCCCCGCCCUCGCUGGACCUCUAUUUAGCCGGGCUGGCCCCUCUGAGUUCGAACUCGGCGAUCCCUACUACCUGUGCUUGAGAGACGAUGGCUCAAUCGACAGGGGCGCAACGGCAACCUGCGAUCGCGGAAGCUCGGCAGCCAAGCUGAACGAUAUCAGGGAAGGUUCCACAGGAGAUGUGGAGUUCUUCUACGUCGACGAAACAAAUCCCAGGCGUAACCACGUCCUCCAUCUCGACUGCGCAGGAGGGCAUUCGUCUCCUGUCACGAUCACCGAAACUGCACCUCCUACCACAGUCACGGAGAUAGAGACGGAUACCAUUAUUGAAUCCAGAUCUGUCACAAUCACGCGAUUUGAGACAGAUACAAUUACGGAAAUCCCACCACCUGCUACUGUCACUGCGACUGUUACUGAGGCAUGCUAUGACAAUGGCUAUGGUGAUAAUGGCUACAAUAAUGGCUAUGACAAUGAUGGCUAUAACAACAAUGGUUAUGACAAUAAUGGCUACAAUAAUGGCUACAACAAUAAUGGCUACGAUAAUAAUGGCUACAAUAAUGGCUAUGACAACAAUGGCUACAAUAAUGGCUACAACAAUAAUGGCUACAACAAUAAUGGCUACAACAAUAAUGGCUAUGGCGGUAAUAGCUACUACUAAUCCGCUGAUAACCUCCGUGCAACUGGAAGGUUCUGUGUCGACGAUGAUUCACAAGAUGCGCGGGGUGUCCAUUAUAUGGAGGAUGGGAA